AACAUUACAAUAUCAUUCAAUUACAUUUUUACCAAAUCCCCCCUACUCUCUUUCUACCUCUCUCCCCCCACACCACACCUCUUUUGCUUGCUUGGGAAAAUCGAAGUCUCUUUAAAAGGGAAAAAAAAACAGAGUAAAUACAAAAGUGGGGGAAGUGAGAGUGAUGAAGAAAGCAGUCACCUUUGUGGUUGCUAUUUUGCUUAACAUUUGUUAGAUAGAUAGAAACAACUACCCUCCUCUGUUUUUAAUAGAGAGAGAAAGUGCUGUUUGUUUAGAGAGAGAAAGAGAUGGCGGGCUCAGGAACAGGAGGAGGAGAUAGGAGCAAAGAGGCAGUUGGGAUGAUGGCCCUUCAUGAGGCCCUCAGAGGCGUAUGUCUUAACUCAGACUGGACUUACUCUGUCUUCUGGACCAUCCGUCCUCGCCCGAGAGUUAGAGGUGGAAAUGGUUGCAAAGUUGGUGAUGAUAAUGGAAGCUUGAUGUUGAUGUGGGAAGAUGGGUAUUGCCGAGGAAGAGUUGCAGAUUGCUUGGAAGAGAUGGAUAGUGAAGAUCCUGUCAGGAAGUCAUUCAGCAAGAUGUCCAUCCAGUUAUAUAAUUAUGGAGAAGGGUUAAUGGGGAAGGUUGCUUCUGAUAAAUGUCACAAAUGGGUUUUCAAAGAGCCUUCAGAAUGUGAACCAAAUAUAUCAAACUACUGGCAGAGCUCCUUUGAUGCUCUUCCUACUGAAUGGACUGAUCAAUUUGAAUCUGGUAUUCAGACGAUUGCUGUAAUUCAAGCUGGUCAUGGUCUUCUUCAAUUAGGCUCCUGCAAGAUUAUACCGGAAGACCUGCACUUCGUGCUACGAAUGAGGCAUACCUUUGAAUCUUUAGGCUAUCAAUCGGGGUUCUAUCUUUCACAACUUUUCUCCUCAACCAGAAAUGCUUCCUCUUCUUCAACUAUCCCCACAAAGCAGCCUGGAACUUCCUUGGGGCCUCCUCCGCUAUUCAACUGGGGCCCACGACCCCUAUCUCCGGCUUCAAUGUUAGCACCUCACAAUUUCCAGAGACCUCUUGGAUUCGCCCCUGCAAAAGACGAACCCCACAUGUUUUUAAUGCCUCACUCGGCAGAGAAUCGAAUGGAUGAAAUGAUGGGAGGAGAACACGAAUCUGAUAUAAAGUGGCCAAAUGGCCUUUCUUUCUUCAAUGCUUUAACCGGAAGGGCUGAUGAAGCAAAGCUAUUGUUCAACCCGGAGAACUUGGGUCACAAGCCUGAUCAAAGCUCUAACCCUGAGGGAUCAAACCAGAAUAUGCAAGGUUCAAACCCGAAUGAUUUCUUGAGCUUGGAUAGUCAUCAAGAGCAAAUGAGAAAGAGUAUUGAAAACAAAUUCAAAAGGAGCUAUACAUUACCUGCUAGAAUGACUUCUUCAGGUUCUUCAACUUCACUUGAUCACCAUCCUCAGGAAUACCGCAAUCCCGAAACCGGAAUGUACUCUGAUGUAAUGGAGACUUUCUUAGAGUAACUUUGUAACUAGAUUCUUAUGCUAGUUUUCUUUCUUUCUCUUCCUAGUUUUCUUAGUUUAUAACUCUUGAUGUUCCUCUACUUUUUCUUUUUUCUUUUUAGGCCUUUGUUUUUUCCGCUUAUUCGACGUUUAACUCAACUUUCUUCACCAAUUUAUUGUAGCUUAUGGAAACAUAUAUUGUAGUUGAAGUUUCCUAAACCAGGUAAUUAUGUUUUGUCUCGUUUUGCA